CAUAUCCUGGUUGCAUAGCAACGGUUGACAACAUUAUUCAGGUCGUUUUAACCGACUUGUCUUGAGGUGCUGUAUAAGAUGUCUGUUCCCUUUUCCAACACAAACCUGCGGAUCCCUAAAGGUUUUGGGAAUUUAUUGGAGGGUCUUGCCAGAGAAGUGUUGAGAGAUCAGCCUGAGGACAUCCCUACCUAUGCUGCUCUCUACUUCACAGAGCUUCUUAAAGCCAGAGAAGAAAGUGGCCUAGAUCCAGCAGAAUGGGGUGCAAAGAUGGAAGAUAGGUUCUACAAUAAUCACUCGUUUAAGGGCACAUCAAUACAAGGAAACUCCAUUUUGCCUAAAAUAAAUACAAGAAACAACACUGGCCGUUCUGAAACUUUUGGAAACAACGAAACCCAACAUUCUGCAUUAAAAGACCUCAACACUAAUAAUUCAGUGGACACUGAAGUAAAUCAAAAAUAUGAGUUAGAAAAGAAGCUUGAUGAGGAAUCCAGUGAGAGGGACCACAGACCUCCUGCAGAAAUUCCCUAUGUUGGAACAGCAGAUGUUGAUAUAUGUGCUCAAGAGCUGAAGGACCCCAGCGGGAUUCCAGAACAAACAUCAGAGGUACUGAAAGAUGAAGAGGUCGUAAAAGAAGCUGUAGAAAUUGGUGGUCUAGCAAAUGUUGAUGUAUGUGCUGAAGAGAUAAACCACCCAUCUGAAUCUACUGAGACCAACAGAGAUUUGGGAAGCCCAAAUCCAUCGCCUCCGAAUGGAAAACAGUCGGAAUCACAAGAUGAAUAUUUUAUUGAAACCCCUUCACAUAUUGAGCAAGGCAAACCACCAAAUGAAAUGUCUGAUGGUGAUGAUGAUGGUGGCCAUAUUGAAGAUGCUGAACAGGGAGUCGCAGAAAUGUUUGAUACUUUAUUAGAAGACACUGACUCUGAGAAAAAGAGCACUGAGCAGGUUUAUGUAGAGGAUUCAGAAAAAAGUACAAUUGAAAAAGAUUGGGAAAAAAGUGCAGUUGAAGCAGGCCAGGAAUCAGAGGAACAUAUUGAAGAAAAUGAUGACUUACCAGACAAUGAAGAUCAGGAAGAGACCAAUCAUGAGUACAGCAGCGCCAAUGACUUAGUAGAAGAUGUUGCUGAUUCCACAUCUGAUAUCAAUAGUAAAUCACUGAUGGACAUGAAAGAUGCAUAUAUUGACUACAGUGAUGAAACAAAUGACAGUAAAAGUGAAGUCAGGGAUAUUCUAGAUGAAGUUGACCAUCAGGUUCCUACUCGUACUGAUGAGCAUGAAGCUGAGAACAGCAAUGAUGAGCUGAGUACAUCUAAAUAUAUUGAUGCAAUUGAGGAAGACCUUUUAGAAACCCCAAAUCCAGUUUCCCAACUAAACAACAGUGAAUCAGAAGUAACAGAGGAUAUGAUAAGCAAUGAAAUUUUAAACACUGAUGUAAUGGAAGCUUCUGAGAAAGAUCUAAACACAGAGAAUGUAAAUGACGGGAGUGAUCUUGACAGUGAUGGCUGUGAUGAUGAAGAGAUGGAUCCAGACAUACCUCAGCAAAAUAUGGUGAAAACUGAGGAUGAGGAGGAUGAUGGAACCCAUGAUACUGAACCAAAGAAUGCUGAAGAAGCUGAGCCCAGGCCUUUAGAGAGAGAAACAGAGGUAAUCGGGGAAGAACAUCCUACAGAUUUACAAGAACACACUGAGAAUGAUGCAGAUCAGAAGGAUCAGUUGAAGGAGCAAAGAGAUAAAAGCCAGGAAUCAACACUUGAAAGUGAGAACCAGGAGUAUCCUGACAGCAGUAAGCCAAAGGAGGAAUGCAGCCAGCCACAAGAGGAAGAGGACAUCAUGGACAUCCCAUUGGAUGACCCAGAGGCCAAUAAAGCGGCCGCCAAAAUCCAGGCCGGCUUCCGUGGUCAUAUGACUCGGAAGAAGAUGAAACCUGGGGAAAAGCCCAAUGAGGAGGUGAGCAGCAGUGGUGAGGCCCUCAACGGCAGCCAAGGGGACUCAGGGGGAACAGACGGAGUAGAGACAGAUGCGACAUCUGGUCCAGAGCAAUGAAGACCAUUCUGAAGGUGGAUGACUUAUUGGAUGCUUUCUCCAGGGAUUUUUUUGUUGUUGUUUGUUUUGUGUGUGUGUGUGUGUGUGUUGACAAAAGUAGUGAAAUUAAGCUGGAUAUGUCUGUGAACUCUCUCUAUUUUCUGCUUCUUAUCCAGUCUGGAUGAAUUUCUGCUCCAGCAUGAUUUUUGCAUCCCACAAAAGGCAUCCGUAUACUGGAUGUCUGAUAUUUGUACGAGUAUUUAACACAGGCUUCUUCAGUCAGACAGUCAGGUAAACUUAAAAUAAUGCAUCAUGAUUGAGUUUUGUCUUUUUUUGUUACUUGAUAUUCCUUUUCUGUGGUAGUAUGUUUAUGAAUGCCUUGAUUUGACCAUGUAGCCACUACCACUAUGAAAUUUGUUUAUUGUCAUGAAAUGGAAUGUUAUCAGUUGUUUAUAACUGUAUUGACUGUUUGUUUGGUUUGCACCCUGUAAUAUGUUAAAAUCAGAGCUUCCAACGCAGCAUAUGGCAUGGCUAGAUCGACUGAUUUAUUUCAAUUUACUUUAAUUUGUAAAAUAAUUUAUUCUUUCUUUAAGGUAGUGCAUAUCAUUAGAAGUAUAGAAAUUGAGUUAACCGCUUAAUGAGUGAUAGCUAAGUUCACCUUGCAUGUUGACAUCAGCAUCAAGCUCUGUAUCAGUUGAAAAGCGAAUAAAAGCUCAGAAAUGUG